UUGAGGCACAAUUUUUCAUAUUCUUCUUGUUGAAGCAACUUUUCAUAUACAUAUGAUAGGAUGAAAAUUGUUUUCUUGAAUUGAAAUACCCAAUAUCAUUGUCAUUAGGUAUUUCAAUUUUCAAGUCCCUCUAGUUGAAUGGUAUACGACCAAUAACUGAACGACAACAUUCAUAUCACUGACUUAAAAAUUCAAAGUUCUCCAUUGCUUUCCCAUUAGCUAACAUCUUAUAUAAUCACACUAUAAUCUCCUAACUUAUAUCUCACAAAGUUAUACCAACAACUGUUUCUAGCAAUCACAUUCCCAUUUGAAUUACAACUUUUUCUUCUGAUACAAACAAUCAAUCAUUCGUGAUGACCAUUCUUACUUCACAAAUUUCACUUCUUUUGCUUCUACUUCUAUCUUUAACCACAUUCCACGGAAGCUUGUCUAGUAAUAACCACACGAUGGUUCGAUGCAAUGAGAAAGAUCGAGAGACAUUGUUAAUCUUCAAAGAGGGAAUCAUUGAUCGUUUUGGUCGGCUUUCAACAUGGGCAACCGAAAAAGAUUGUUGUGCAUGGGAAGGAGUCUCCUGUGACAACAUAACCAACAGAGUUUCAAAACUUGAUCUCAAAUUACCACCUUACUUUGAUGAACACGAGCAAUUGAAAACUUUGAAAGGUGAGAUCAAUAAGUGUAUUCUAGAACUUGAGUUUCUCAGUUACUUGGAUUUGAGCAACAAUGAAUUUGAUGUGAUAAGUUUUACAACCAUUCAACACAACAUCACACAUGCAUCUAACCUUAUCUACCUUGACUUAUCCUCCCCCUUUCGUGUUACUCUUCACAUGGAUAAUCUUGAUUGGCUUUCUCCACUUUCUUCAUUGAAAUAUCUCAACCUUAGUGGAAUUGAUCUUCAUAAGGUAACCAAUUGGCUCCAAACUGUUAAUACACUUCCUUCACUAUUAGAGUUACAGUUGAGUGAUUGUAAACUGAACAACUUCAUCAUCAACCCAUCUAUUCAAUAUUCGAAUUUGUCUUCACUUUUAACCCUUGAUCUUUCUUACAACAACUUUACCUCUCAGUUACCAAAUUUGUUUUUUAAUCUCACCAAAGAUGUCACCUAUCUUGACCUUUCGAGUAGUAAAAUACACGGUGAGAUACCUUCAAGCUUGCUAAACCUUCGAAAUUUGAGACACCUUGAUCUCUCUCGAAACCAACUCAAAGGAUCAAUUCCAGAUGGAAUAGGUCAACUAGCACAUAUUCAAUACCUUGAUCUUUCCUUGAACUUGUUAAGUGGUUCCAUUCCUUCAACUCUACAAAACCUCUCAUCCUUAUAUUCUUUAUAUAUUGGCUCUAAUAAUUUCACAAGUGAAAUAUCAAAAACAACAUUUUCCAACCUCCGUAGUUUACGUAUUCUAGACUUGAGCAAUUCAACUUUUGUAUUCCAGUUUGAUUUAGAAUGGAAUCCUCCUUUUCAACUCAAUUAUCUUUCAUUGAGUAAUACAAAUCAAGGUCCAAACUUUCCAUCUUGGAUAUAUACACAGAAGUCCCUAGAAACACUAGACUUAUCGAGCUCAAGAAUUUCAUCGGUAGAUAGAAAUAAAUUUCCGAGCCUUAUAGAAGGAAUACCCAAUCUAUCUUUGUCAAACAAUUCAAUAACUGAAGACAUAUCAAACCUAACAUUAAAGUGUUUUACUUUAGAGUUGGAUCACAAUAAUUUCACAGGAGGACUCCCAAACAUAUCACCAAUGGCUAUUGUAGUUGAUUUGUCUUACAAUUCCUUUUCAGGAUCAAUUCCACAUAGUUGGAAGAACUUGGAAGAUUUAUUUUACAUUAACUUGUGGAGUAAUAGGCUAUCUGGUGAAGUACCAGUGGACCUCUUUAAUUUGAGACAAUUGCAAAUCAUGAACUUGGGUGAAAAUGAAUUUUCUGGAACCAUACCAAGAAAGAUGUCACAAGAAUUAGAAGUGGUCAUAUUGAGAGCUAACCAAUUUGAAGGGGAUAUUCCAAAACAAUUAUUCAAUCUCCAUUAUUUGUUUCAUUUAGACCUUGCACAAAAUAAAAUUUCUGGAUCUUUGCCGGAGUGUGUCUAUAACUUGACUCAUAUGGUUUCUUUUAAUUAUGUGGUUACAUGGACCAGUGCUACAAUUGACUUGUUUCAAAAAGGUCGAGACUAUGUGUAUGAAGUUCGACCAGAUAGGCGAACUAUUGACCUUUCAGUCAAUAGUUUGUCUGGAGAAGUGCCAUUGGAAUUAUUUCGACUUGUUCAAGUUCAAACAUUGAACUUAUCUCACAAUAAUUUCAUUGGAACAAUACCUAAGACGAUUGGAGGCAUGAAAAAUAUGGAGUCUCUUGAUCUAUCUAAUAAUAAGUUUCGUGGUGAAAUUCCUCAGAGCAUGUCUCUUUUAAACUUUUUGGGUUAUUUGAAUUUAUCUUGCAACAAUUUUAAUGGAAAAAUCCCAAUAGGGACACAAAUUCAAAGUUUUGAUGCAUCGAGCUACAGUGGGAAUCCAAAAUUAUGUGGAGAACCUCUUAAUAAUUGUACCACAGAAGAAAAUCAUAAAAAUGCAACGUCAUCUACAAAGAACGAAGAUGAUGACUCUAUGAGAGAAUCAUUGUAUCUAGGCAUGGGAGUCGGAUUCGCAGUUGGUUUCUGGGGAAUUUGUGGUUCUUUGUUUCUUAUUAGGAAAUGGAGGCAUGCAUACUAUAGGUUUGUCGAUGGAGUGGGUGACAAACUCUAUGUAGCUUUGAUGGUAAAGUUAAAUAGCUUUCACAGAAAUUAAGCUCCUGCUAGUUAAGGUUAGUGAAAUGAUCAGACUAUAUAACAGUUAGGAAAUGGUUGAGUUCAUGUUGUCAAGUGUCAACUGUUCUUGGGGCUUGUCCUCGCCUUAUGUUCUAUCAUAUACAUUGGAUAGUGUUGCUCAUGUUAUGUAUCUAUCUUCUUUUUAUUAGUAUAUACUAGUUUAUUCAAAUGGUUACACAAUAAGAGUUUGUGUAGAAACUUAGCUGCUUCCAACUCUACAUUGUGUGAAGAUGCAUCUGAUUUGAUAAAGUAGAAAAGCAAAAACUAAUAAUAUUUAACUU